UUAAAGUAUGUAGUUGCAGAAAGAAGAGGUCAAACACUACAACCUUCAUCCUAAACUAGACCUCUUUCUUCAAAGAGGAGGCAGUGGCAGAAGGAAAACUACUAGAAAUAAGCAGGAGCAUUUGUACUGAAGGACAACGUGACUUGGUUUCCUCUCCAACUUUGUAAGUCUUCCCAUUCAGCUUCUGAGAUAAAUAUGAGCAGACACUGAGAAAGUGUGUGGAUUGUGGGAAUACUUUCAGACGCAUACAGACUGAAAAAGCAAAAAAUUGUGCCUUAAGACUAUUUCAUUGUUGAUUUGCUUGGUCUGAAGACUGUGCAUGGUGAACCUAAGUUAAACAGGCAGCACCCCUUUUGCCAAGGAAAAGAAAAAUCGCACCAUCUGAUGGGCAAGUGUACCCAGGUUGCAGCCAUCUCUGCAUGUCUGACUCAGAUUCCUCAGGUGAAACUGCAAGAAAGUUGUACAAACAAUGAUCUCUGUUCCAACCCAAACUGGGUCGAUCUCUGGUACAUCUGGCUUGUGGUUGCCAUUGGUGGGCUCCUCCUCCUCUGUGCCCUUGUCUCUGUUUGUGUGAGAUGCUACUGCCUUAAUUGCCAUCCAGGAGAAGAUGCUAGUCCUCAUCCAUAUGAGGUUACAGUUAUUGCUUUUGAUCAUGACAGCACCCUUCAAAGCACCAUCACUUCCCUCCAUUCCAUGUUUGGCCCAGCUGCUAGGAGAAUACUGGCAGUAGCUCAUUCCCACAGUGCAGCACCAGCAGUGCACCACCCUGCCCGAACAGAGACACCCCCAAUUUAUGAGGAAGCCAUACACAUGAACAGAUUCACAGUGGCUCGAAGUGGAGAAAGACCCCCAGAUUUGGAGCUGGUGCCAGAGGAGAAACGGACAACAGAUACUGAGAAAGAAGUCCAGGAAGCACAUUCCGCAGGCAGCCAAGACUCCUGAGUCAGAUUAUCAGCAAGUUCUGCAAAGAAUGGAUACCUUCACAGCGAUAUAUAAAUGUAUACUGCUGGGUUGAUAGUCUAUUUCAGAUUGUUCCUGUUUGACCAAAACUUUACCAAACCAAGUCCUCUAUUUUCUAAUACUGUAAUUCUAAAUUUGUACAAUAUAAGAAAUAAAUUACAUACAACAUGCUGCAUGCUACAUUUUUAACAACAUGCAUCCAGGAACAACUUUGCAGUGAUUUAAAACAGGUGUCUCUGAAGCCUGCAUCUUUCUUCUAGUUCUACUUUCAUCCCUAAAAGAUAUUCUAGAGUGCAUCAUUCCCUUUCCAAAGCACCUGUAGGGUCAUCACAACAAUUCCCUUGCAAUGCUUUCACUCACUUCUGUUUCAACAGAUAUGUCCAUUCAGAUUAGUGGGGUUCACACAAACAAAACCACAAAGAUUUGAACUCAUAACUGUUGAAUAGCUAAUAUGUUAAUGAUUUAUAAUCAAGCUUCUAGUUGUGUUCUCCAUUCCUUGCAGUCAGGUUCAAAUUCUUAGGUGAUUGAAGCUUGUAUUAUUAUUUUUGAAUCCUAUGAAGUGAGAUCCAUUAUUUAAGGAUAUUGAAUUACCUCUGGGAGCCAAAUUCCAAUACAGAAUCUGCAUAAACACUACUGUAUAUACAGUAUUUUAGGUGGGACAGAGUAAUUUCUAACCCUAAUUCAGUGUCCA